AUGGUGGGGUAGUUGGUUACAUCACAAGACACACCCACACUAUUUACAAUUUUGACCCACACUAAAACACUCCCACACAUUUCCUUUGUAUUCUUUCCCUCAGACAAGUACUGUAUUUAUCUAUUGUAACACCAUAGUGAAACGUGGUGGUCAUGUGUGGAUUUGCUAUGCUUCCUUAUUUCCAUGACAACAAGUAACUAUCUGGAAUAAAGCUUUCUUUCCUCUUACUCACUCCUGCUAAAACAUCCACGGUCUCCAUGGUGACCAGUUAGUGUUUUAUGGCCCCCUGUCCACAGUAUCAAUCAACGCUGAUUAACUUCCAUUAGGGCGGCCCCCCCUUUUGAAGGCCCUCAGAAUUUUUAUAUAUAUUUUGUUUUUUGGGGGGGGGACUCAGUCGGGUUCUCAACUUACUGUUGCGAGUUACAAUAGUGGAAUACACAAGGUGAAAUUUGGUUGAGCAUCAGCAGUUUUUCUCUUGUUAUGUCAGUCACUGAUAGUCAGUUAGCCCAUGUCAGCUAACAUUUUUAGAUAGCUGGCCGAUUGGUAAAUUAGUCUUGUAGUAAUCAUGGAUGAAUUACUGCCCAGGGGGCCCCCAUUGAUUUUGUUAGUCAGUCUCACUCAGAUGUCAUAUUAAAAACUGCAAACUUUUCUCUCCGCCCUAUGGAAAAAUGUGUAGAAUUGCAGGAAAUGAUUUAUAGAAUUACUAGAUCUUCUCUCCACCCCAUGGCAAAGUGUGUAGAAUGAUACAAAAUGUACUCUAAAACGUAAAAGGAAUUCUCUACGGGCUGGGAGGUUUGGCGCCGCAACUGUUUGGCGCCCCCCCUUAUUUUCUUCCGGCUGCCGUUUUGAAACUUUGUUAUUAGCAUCAUUUAUUGUGGGCUGCUUGGUGCUGGAUUACUGCAACUCGCUGUUGGCUGGGCUCCCUGCCUGCGCCAUUAAACCCCUACAACUUAUCCAGAACGCUGCAGCCCGUGUGGUGUUCAACCUUCCCAAGUUCUCUCAUGUCACCCUGCUCCUCCGCACACUCCACUAGCUUCCAGUUGAGGCUCGCAUCUACUACAAGACCAUGGUGCUUGCCUACGGAGCUGUGAGGGGAACGGCACCUCCUUACCUUCAGGCUCUGAUCAGACCCUACACCCAAACGAGGGCACUACGUUCAUCCACCUCUGGCCUGCUAGCUCCCCUACCUCUAUGGAAGCACAGUUCCCGCUCAGCCCAGUCAAAGCUAUUCGCUGCUCUGGCACCCCAAUGGUGGAACAAGCUCCCCCACGAUGCCAGGACAGCGGAGUCACUGACCACCUUCCGGAGACACUUGAAACCCUACCUCUUUAAGGAAUACCUGGAAUAGUAUAAAGUAAUCCUUCUUCCCCCACCCCCCAUUAAAAAAUAUAUAAAAUAAAAAUAAAUUAAAAACGUGGUUGUCCCACUGGCCAUCAUAAGUUGAAUGCACCAAUUUGUAAGUCGCUCUGGAUAAGAACGUCUGCUAAAUGAUGUAAAUGUAAAUGUGAGUUGGUGCUUGACAUUAAUAGUGCCUACAGGAGAGGAUGAUGGGGUAUUUAUUGAUGUGGUAAAGACCAAGGCAGGGCACCCUCUGCUUUCCUGGUUCCCCAUAGGGAAGCUCUCCCUCUGGGACUGAUAGUAGACCUAGUAGCAGCUCAGCCAGGGAGAGAAGGAAUGCAAGGCAGACGGUCUCCCUCUCCCAUGUGACCUUUCACAUGUUAGAACACUACUGGUGUCUGGUGCACCCUGAAAGACAUUUGGUCACUUCCUUUUUCUGAGUCUAUUUCCUGUAGGAAAUGGUACUACUUGAGGUCAUUUAAAUUGGUAUAAUUGUAGGUCUAAAGGUAUCAUUUGAGGAGACAUUUCAGUUCUAUAGCUUUCACUUCAUACUAAAAACGGUGGUCAUUUAAUUGUAAGUCUUUAAAUAUCUUCUGUGGCUAUUUUAAGAACAGAUCGUAGAGGAUAAAUCAACAGAGACCAAUAAUGUGUUGACAGUUGUUGUGAUGUACUGCUCUGUGUAGUCAUACACACCCUACAUAUAUUGUAAUGCCCACUUCAUCAAAAUAGAAUAUAGAAUGACUACUACACUGUUUCUAUGGUCUACUGUCCAGUGUUGUGUAAUAAUACGUACCCCUCGUCUAUUGUGUUGCAGUUCUGUGUGGAACUGAACCAGGGCUCGUUGGACAGCGUGAGGAAGUGGAGAGGACCACGGGGGGUCUGGAAGAGUACCGUCUCUGAGAAACCCACUGGACUGUCCAACAAGGUAGGAUUACUGAUUACAUCACUGCACAAAAAAAUAUAGUUUUUCCCAUUCUGUCUUUCUUGCUUCUCUCUCUCUUUUUCCAUCUCUCUCCCACUCUGUUCCCCCCCCCCCCCCCCACCCUCCAACCCCUCUCUCACAUCCCAUCUGAAACAGACCACCAUCUCAAUAGUUCACACAGCCCAGAAAUAAACACAACCAUUAUUAGUAAAACAUUUACUACACUCUCAAACAACCUUUCUACACUCAUAAAACAGAACCUACUAAGGGGCUGUUAUCAGUGACCAGACGUAACGAAAUAGAUCCCGUGAUAUAAGGCCUGCUGUAGGAUUCAAAUGUCUAGUACAGUAUGAUUAAAGCUGGUUGAUUUAUGGGACCCUUAGAGAGGACAUUCCCAUAAUGUCUGUCCAAAACCACCAAGAAUCUCUCUGAGAGGACACACAUACGCACACACUCUGUCUUCCCAAACACCAGAAGGACUAAAUAGCGGUGUUUAUCCUCAGAGGAAGCUAGUCCUGAUAUGGACCCUUGAUAUAAACUUGAGCUUUAUUCUGCGUCUCUGUGGGGAUGGCUCCUGUCAAUAAGAUGGAUAGUACAUAUGAUGUGGAGGGGGGUCGUAAACAAACCCUCCCCUCUGACCUCUAGAACUGUCAGCCUCCCAGCUCUGUCAUCCCCUCUGUCCUCUAGUACUGUCAGCCUCCCAGCCCUGUCCUCCCCUCUGUCCUCUAGUACGGUCAGCCUCCCAGCCCUGUCCUCCCCUCUGUCCUCUAGUACUGUCAGCCUACCAUCCCUGUCCUCCCCUCUGUCCUCUAGUACUGUCAGCCUCCCAUCCCUGUCCUCCCCUCUGUCCUCUAGUACUGUCAGCCUCCCAUCCCUGUCCUCCGCUAUGACCUCUAGUACUGUCAGUCUCCCAGCCCUCCCUCUCCUAGUCCUGCCACUGCCAGCCUCCCAGCCCUCCCUCUCCUAGUCCUGCCAGCCUCUGCAGUUUGUCAAGGAGCUGUAUUGUUAAGAUGUUUUGGAAUGGAGCUAUAACUCUUCUGCUCCUGCCCUGAUCUGUUCACAAUAGAAGGAUCUGUGUGUACGAUUUGAUUUCGUUUUUAUAAUGGCUUUUGGUGGUGGGGUGGGAUGUGUGUGUACGAUUUUGAUUUGUUUUUAGUGUGUGUUUGGUAUCUGCCCUCUGCACAUGGUUUAAAACGCUCCACUGACUUAGCAGCAGGAAGAUGUAGCCAGUGGGUAUCAUAUCUGUCUGAGGCUCCACUGCAGUGAUCUAUGACACACAUCUCUCUCAGUAUCAAACUGGGCCAUCUGCCGCUGGGUCUAGCUGUGAUGCUGACCGUGCCCCUCUCUUACCCUGCUGUUACCCUGCUGUUACCCCCUGUUACCCUGCUGUUACCCCCUGUUACCCUGCUGUUACCCCCUGUUACCCUGCUGUUACCCCCUGUUACCCUGCUGUUACCCCCCUCUUACCCUGCUGUUACCCCCUCUUACCCUGCUGUUACCCCCUCUUACCCUGCUGUUACCCUGCUGUUACCCCCUGUUACCCUGCUGUUACCCCCUCUUACCCUGCUGUUACCCCCUGUUACCCUGCUGUUACCCCCUGUUACCCUGCUGUUACCCCCUGUUACCCCCCUGUUACCCCCUGUUACCCUGCUGUUAUCCCCUCUUACCCUGCUGUUAUCCCCUCUUACCCCAGCACAUGAUCCCCUCAGAGAGGCUUAUACCCUCCCUGGGUGAGAGGGGGCUCAUUCAACCAACAGAGAGGAUAACUGAGGAUAUCUACAGUAUAUAGGCCAGAUAUCCCCAGGCUCUUUAUAUUUAGAGGGCUAACCAGGAAACACCCUUAGUGAUAUAGUACAGAGGCUGAGCUCUGGCUUUGGGAAGUUCACUGAAGACUGAGUUGACUCCAAUACUGGUUCAAAGGCGUCCUGAAAGUUUAACUAGUCUCUUUUCUUCACUCUUGUCUGUCUGUUGUCCUCCGUUUCCUCAGGGAGUCAGUUAUUCCUCUGACUGUGUCUCCUGUUGUCCAAUCUCCUCCAGGGAGUCAGGUAUUCCUCUGACUGAGAUUCCUGUUGUCCAAUCUCCUCCAGGGAGUCAGUUAUUCCUCUGACUGUGUCUCCUGUUUUCCUCUCUCCUCCAGGGAGUCAGUUAUUCCUCUGACUGUGUCUCCUGUUUUCCUCUCUCCUCCAGGGAGUCAGUUAUUCUGGAUUCCUGUGGGACAGCUCUUCUGGGAUUGACCUGAAAGAUGCUUCGGUCCUGGAGAGUCCUGUCAUCAAUGGCAACGGGAAGCACCCCCACCCCCGGCCGUAUCUCGCCCACUUUUAUGUAAGUCAACAAGGAGUGCGUGUUUGGUGGGAACUCCCUAAACUGAAAUUACGAACAAACGCAUGACUCAUUUUAUUGCCCCUAUCAAUACCAUUAUAACCAUAUAAUGUCCUGCCAGAGAGACUAACAUUAUGUUAAUAGUUAAUAUGUGACUAGGUUGGAUUGUUGGAGCUGACAAUGGUCAAUGUCCACAUGAGAGCUCCGGCUAGGGCUGGGGAGUCCAACGGUAGGAACCACCACUCUGAGGAGGUUAAGGCCCAUAGACUGACCUCCAGUAUCCAGGACAUACUGAAAGGUCAGUAGCUGAAGGUCAAAGGUCACCCUAUUCUGUCUUUUCUAAGUUUACGUCCUCUUUCUCUUCCUUUAUUCUUACCAUCUUUCGCUUCCUCAGUGGUUUAUUGUAUUUGUUUAUUUGACCUAGUUACAAAGCUAAUGUAGCUACAUCGCUAAUGUCCAUCUGUGGUUCAUCUGUGUGACAGGUCAGAAGGGCCUGGUGGUGUUGGGGGACUUUGGCCUGCCCCCCCAGAGCAGUGAGCUGGACCAGCUUAGGAAGGAGAGGCUGAGCCCCCUGGUGCCCCCCAACAUGUUCACGAACAUCAGCACCCGCUCCCCCCAGGGCUCCCUCUGUCUGGACAACAUCUGGGUCAGCAAGUCACUGAAGAAGAGCUACGCAGGUACGUCUGUCUGUCUGAUGUCUAUGCAUGUAACUGUGUGUGUCAGAAUAUGUAGCGUUCAUACCAUUCUAGUUAUUCCCACUGCAAUAACAUGCCAAUCUAACAAUUGGCACAUGAAUGCUAGAUUUGCAUGUGUCUGUUAGUGUUAUGAGCUUGGCUAUGGAGGGAUUGUAGUGCCACCAGGAAUAGAGUCUGAUUGUGUUACCCUCUGACCUGUCUGUAUCUCCAUGUGUGUGCUUCCCCCUGCAGGACACUGUCUGGUGGUGCGAGAGGGCCUGACCAACCCCUGGAUACCUGACAACUGGUCGUGGGGCGGGGUGGUGUCCGACCAUUGUCCUGUCAUGGCUGAGUUCUUCGUGGAUGUGGCGCAGAAGGAGCUGAGAAACAGAGUUGCCGUGGUAGAGAGAGGAGAAAGUAUGUCGAAACACGAACGGUGA